AUGGACCACGACUCCGCCACCAAAGGUUCUCCCAAACCAACCCCAGCUACUCCAGCUAUUACCGCGCCUCAACUUCCGCCGAUCACCAGAUUCAUCACAGCCCAUAACGCAGACGGCAUUGCCAUCUUCAGCAACGCCUUCCCAGACCAGGUCGCCCGGAACUCCGUCCCAGGCGCUCUAUUCACUCUCGGCUAUGCAACCAACACUCUUCCCGUGGACCUCUCCUCGGACUGCGACCUCACCACGUACCAUCAGUAUCUGGAGAAUAGCCCAGGACUAACCAUCUCGACCGGCUCCGUCUGUCGAGUUGUGGACAUCGGCCCAGACGUCACCAGCGCCAUGCAUCGCACCGUGUCUAUUGACUAUGGGGUUGUUUUGGAGGGCGAGGUGGAAUUGAUCCUUGACAGUGGGGAGACGAGGCGGCUCUCGCGGGGUGAUAUUGCUAUUCAGCGGGGAACUAAUCAUGCCUGGAAGAAUGUGACGAAGAGGAUGGGUGAGGAUGGACGCGAGGAGCCCGGUUGGGCCCGGAUGCUUUAUGUUUUGUUGCCGGUUUUGCAGAUUAAGGUGCAGGAUGAGUUGCUGCGUGAGUCGGUUGUCGGAAUGGGAGUUGCUGAUAGUUCUUGA